UAUUAUUUUAGAUUUUACUGCAUCUAUUCGCCACAUAUAUGGAUACGCGUAUGCCACCGCAUCCAAAAUGUUUAUCUGGUCGUGUAUUCAGUCAGUUGAAUAUAAUUCGACUUCCAGAUAAACCUGAUAUGAAAAGUAGACAUAAUUGUCAAUUUUAUCAAGUCUCUGUACAACCGCCUCAAUUCAAAUUAGUAUUGAAUGGACGAAUUUAUACAUUCGCUACAGGUCAGAAAAAUCUCUACCAUGCUAUUCUCCUAUUCUUCCACUAUUAUGUAACAACAGAUGGAAAGUUUAGGUCUGUUGCACUUGGUCCAUCUGGUUUAAAUGUUGCAUGGAUAUAUUCAAAAAGCUGACUGUUAGCAUUAUCAUAUUAUUGUAUAUUGUGUCAACUAUGGUAACUGUUUUUGUGUAUAUAUUUGUGAAUAAAUGUUUAUUGUUGUUCCUUGUAUUAUCUCGUCUUUGAUUGGACAGAAUUGAUUGGACUUCUGUCGACAUAUGAGCUCCUACGCGCCGAUACCACGAUAUUGCCUAUCUUUCAAUUAUAUAUGAAUGAUGGGCACUGGAAUCUCUCCAAGGUUGGUGCGCUUUAUUUUAUUGUGGACUCCUUAACCGAAUAUUACUGCCUCCCAGUAAGUUGUACUGCUCCUACCAGGACUCGACCCGAUGCUUC